AUGAAAGAAUAAUUGAUUUCUUUAUAACCAUUUUAGGGGGAACACUAAUAAUAAACCUAUUCCAAUGGGUAGUUGAAUUUAUUCUCAAAUAAAAACUAUUUGUAGCCUUUGAUAAAUACAUCGAGGUAGAUGUAGAGACCAAUUUAAAACAUAAAUACUAACAAUAGCUAAAACGCAUCUAGCUGCUUUUAUGUGGAGUAGUAAAUGCCAAUGUCUCCAAAUUAGCAGUAGGAAAUUUUUAAAAUGUUCCAAAUAUCAAUUGAACUCAUAAUAGAAGAUUAAGACCUUAAAGAUUAUUAAAAAUAAUUUUUUUUUGAAAAUUUUCUUAAAUAGCCUAAGUCAAAAAAGAAUUUACAGUUUUGUUGUUCGUAUUAACAAACUAUUGAUAAAAUAAGAGCUUGCUAAGAUGAUGAAAAGAUUAAAUUUGUGAAUUAUUUCAAGGAUGAAAAAUAAAAGUAUAAGGAACUUAUAUUGUAUUUAGAAGCUUAUUAAGAAAAAUGCAGUGCUUAAUAUAAAUAAUUCAUAGAGAAGAUUUUACCAAAGAUUGAGCUAAUCAAGUAUGGAACUCUUGUAAUUUUGGAUAUUCAAAAAAAGUACAUUAAAUUAUAUAACAACUUGAAAGACAUUCGUAAUAGAGAGAAAAUUUUAGGUCCAUAAAAAAAGAAUCAUAAUUGCUGGCAUUUAGACAUAAAGGUCCGAUAAUUAUUCCAUAAUAUCAAAUAUAUCAAAGCAAAGCAGGAACAGAUUACUAUAGAAGAGAAUGGAAAAGCAGAUUAAGAAACUUAGACAGAUUAUCAAUUGAAAUAUUAAAAUAUAUUAGAUAUUUUACUCUAAUCAGAAGAAAUAAAAAUGCAAAAAGACGAAUACUAAAUAAUUUCAAUAAUUUAAGAGCUUGACGCUUUCUGUUUUGGAGAAAAAAUGCAAAAUGUAGAAAUUCCCAUCAAUUACUUAGAAGAAAUUGAUUAACAUAUUUAAAAUUUUUUACUUAGUUUGUUGAAACAAGAAGGUGUACCUCAAAUUAUGGAAAGGAUGAAAGAACUAGAAGUUACAAAAAAACUCAUUUAGACUAUAUUUAAUUUCUCAAAAUGA